CACUGCUCACUCUCUCGAGACCAUUCUACUUUUAAGUAAAGAGAUAUAGAGAGAGACUCGCUUCCAAAUAAAAUACUAUAUUUAUCUUAUUUUAAAAUUGUCUUAUCGUGAGGUGAUGAACGUGGCAAGUAUAGGACUGGUUGGCCUGAGAAAAAUGGGGAGGAAGACGUGGUUCGACGAUGACGGGAUGAAGAAAGGAGAGUGGACAGCGGAGGAAGACCAAAAGCUCGUCGCGUACAUCAACGAGCAUGGCAUCUGUGAUUGGCGUUCUCUCCCCAAAAGAGCUGGCUUGAAGAGAUGUGGAAAGAGCUGCAGAUUAAGGUGGCUUAAUUAUCUACGACCUGGGAUUAAAAGAGGCAAAUUCACUCCUCGAGAAGAAGAAGAAAUCAUCAAACUUCAUGCUGUUCUCGGAAACAGGUGGGCAGCCAUAGCGAAACAGAUGGAGAAUCGAACAGACAACGACAUCAAGAACCAUUGGAACUCUUGUCUCAAGAAGAGACUCAAGAGAAACGGAAUCGAUCCGAUGACCCACGAGCCCAUAGUCAUUAACCUCACCGUCAAUACCACUGACGAAGAAUGCGGUAGCUCUUCCACAACUACGUCGCCGACGACAGAAAGCCCUUCUUUCUCCUCACCCUCCGGCUCGGCUUGUCUCCUGAACAAGCUAGCCGCUGGUAUCUCAUCUAGACAACACAGUCUCGACAGUAUCAAGACCAUCUUGUCGGGCCCAAAGAUCAGAAGCAGUGAUAAAAACGAAGCAGAAGAAGAAGAAAAAGAAGAAGAAGAAGAAGAAGAAGAAGAAGAAAGGGAGUCAAAGAUUGAUCAGAAGAUAUAUGGUGGUGAAGACAAUGAUUUUCCGAUGUGGGACGAUGACGAAAUUACGCAUUAUAUGGGUAUUGAUUUAAUGGACUAUGAGACGACGUCGUACGACUCUGUCUUGUACGAGAGCACUCACAUACUUGAUCUUGAUCAUCUCUUCUGACUCAAUCCGCUGGUAGUAUUUAUGUGUUAUUAACAUGCAAAUGGUUGGUUCAUUGUUGCAACGAAGAAUAUUAAUGUGGACCAGUUUGACCAAUAGAAUGAUUUACUUCAGUCAAAAAAGAAAUACAACUAUUUAUAAAACAUCAUCACUUAAUGUAAA